UUAAAUCGUAUGUGAGGUGUACUUAACGGUUAACGACGAUUACACAAUUGACAACUUUAAAGAGGACAUAUUUUUAAACAAAAGAAGUUCAUCUUAGAUUCAAAUCUGUUUUUUAACUUGAUAUGGCUUGAAAGGUGUGUUAAUGUUUUGAAUGGGAUGAAUAGACUGGGAAGCCCAAUUGGAGGUUUGUUAUUGAAAUUUUAUUGCUUUUUCGUGGAAACGUUCCUGUAAUUGCAUUGCCGGUAUUUUAAUAAUUUGGAUUUACAGUUGGGACAUAAAGCAGUGCAUGAAGGCAGUAACGGAUAUUACAUAACUGCACGUAAUAUCAUAAUACGAUGUGAUAUCGGAUUUCUGUAAUAAUAGUGAAAUUUUAAACGUAAUGUGAACAGAUUUAAAUGUAUUCAGAAUAUAUCAGAUUACUUUAUCGGUGAACAUUGUAUUGGAAGUUACAUGUAGUAAUAGAACUUGCAAUUAUAUUACAAAUUUUAUAUUCUUUCAAGAAGUUUUAAGUUGUACAAAAGCUGCCAUCACUACAAAUACGUGAACUUAUCGAAAACACACUGUUCACAUGCACACUGUUCGAUUGUGUGUUAACAUUGGAAUUGAGAGAAAAACGUGAAUCAGGUUAUAGUUUUACAAAAUAAAACAGAUAUGGUCGAUAUGGAAGAUCCAUUAAAGGACCGUUACAGCAGGCGUCUUUCGAGUGUGGAGGACAUUUUUAAAAUACCCGACAUGAGUACAGUUUUUCAGGUUAUGAAGGACUUUGGUAUAGAUCGAAAAGGAAUAAAAAAUAAAAACGACGCUAUGAACCGUGUUGUGGAAUACUGGAGAUUACAAAACGAAACGGAAGACAAUAAUAAGAUUCAGUAUGAUUUAACUGAUAUUUUGCAAGCUGACGAAGAAAAUCGACAAGUUUUAACAGAAAAAUGCGAAGACGUUGACAAUUUUCUACUGAAAUUACCGAAGAAUCAUGAAGCUGAUUUAGAAAAUUUCAUUCCUGGAAUUUACCACAGACUGAAAACAAUGAAAAGCAAAUUGAGGUCAACUGAAUGUCCAAUACUUGUUACAGGAGAAACAAAUUCGGGCAAAAGUAGUUUCAUUAACCUCAUUCUUGGCCAUGAUCUGUUACCAGUUGGUUGUCUUCCUACCACAAGAACUGUUUGUGAAAUAAAGGGAUCCAGGGCAAAUGAACGAAUUGCAAUAAUUCAUCGCAAAAUUGUCAAAGAUGAACGACGACACGCACCAGAAAUAAUUGAUCUCUCAGAACCGGUUAAUCUUAUAAAGUUUCAAAAUCUUGUAACAGAAUUUGAUACAACGACUGGGGAAUCUGUUUAUGACAAAAUUGAAAUAUUUUGGCCAAGCCAACUUCAAAAGGCCGGUGUAAUACUUAUUGACACACCUGGCGUAGGUGAAAAUAGAAAUGUUGUACCAUUGAUCGAAAAGUAUGCAUCUAAAGUUUCUGGAUUUAUCUAUAUCAUCAAUAGUUCAUCAGCCGGAGGCUUACAGAAAAGGGUUCGCCAGUUUUUACGCUCGACAUCAUCUAUUUGUGAUCAAGAAUUUUCAACAGAUGCUGCUAUGUUUGUCUUCAACAAAUGGGACACUGUACCGGAAAUUGACAAAUCUGAUCUUACUAAGACAACUUUGUCACAACUGAAGAAGUUGUUUCCGGGAAUACAGAAGGACCAGUUAUUUUACAUUUCAGCAACAGAGUCGUUAAAGGUAUCAAGACAUGGAGACGAACCAGAAGACUUCACAGCUAUCAACAAUGGACUUGUAAAAGUAAUUCCAUCGUGUUUGAAAAAUGGCUUUAACAUACAUUAUUGUUUUUUAUCACAAGUGAUCAAAAGAGUUCUUUACUCAUUAAAACUUGCUAGACAUAUGGAUUCAAAAGGUCUGGAUGAAAAACGGAAAAUGCAAGAAAGUUUGAAAAAUGGUAUUCAGCUUCUAGAGACUAACACACACAAAGCAAUUACAAAUCUACGUCUACAGCUAAAAAACGAGGCAAAACUUUUAAAUAUUAGAGUCCAAGGGUUUUUAAGAUCUUCCUGGGUAGAUGGUGGAAUUGACGAAUGGAACAAAGAUGAAUGCCCGGAUGUUCUCGGUAAUUGGCGAAAGGUCGCCGAAGAGGCAUCAGAACAGAUCAUACAGAAAUUCAAAUCACAGAUCGAUUUUUGGGAACGAUCAGAAGGCAUUGUUAAAAGUGUUAAGGAAAAGAUAAGUGAACAACUUCGACAGGAUUUUGAGUUAAUGGAAGACAGAAUUAAAGAACUGGAAGGGGUAAUGCUGGGAGGAGAUAUGAAAGCUGUGAAUAACUUUCAUACCUCAGUAAAGGCACCUACGAAAUCGAUUCAACAGUUAUUCUCCAGCGCUUCUAGAAAUAAAGUUAUGAAUAGAAAAAGUCUUGGGACUAUCGUUUGUCUUGAUCAAACACUAGAUAUUAGCUCUAAAUCGGUGAAAAAUUUAUUCAAAUCUUAUAAAAAGGACAAUUGUCAACACAAAAUGAAAGAGGCAUCUAAACUGUUUGUUGAAUCGCUGCGGGAAAAUGGGAAAUUAGAACAAAAUGUGAACUUAUAUUUACAAAGAUUCGAUUCUAGUAUAACGGUACUGGAAGGAAAGAUACCACACAUAUUACAGUCAGAUAGACAAUUAUUUGACAAUUUGAAUACCGAUCUGUCUCGAUCAAAGAAAAAUCUAGAGGAAUUGUAUCCACAAAUAAUUGUCGAAUGUCUGAGAUUGCAAGGCGAACUUGACAUGUUUUACGUUCAAAAUCUACGGAAAGAAAAUUCCCGAUUUCAAGAUAUUACAUGGAAUGGGAACGAUCUGAUUGGCUGUGGAAGUUUUGCCGAUGUAUAUAUGUCCCGUUUAAAAGAUGAUGAAGAUAAUUUCCAGGAAGUUGCAGUAAAAAUGUAUAGGACGCCUCUUAAGGCUAAUAACGUAUCUGAUAUACUAUUGGAAGAAAGAACGCUAAGAGAUCUUUCGCAUGUUAAUAUUGUGCAAUACCACGGUUCUACUAUACAGCACCACAAGCGAAGUGAUAAGACUGUUAUAGUGUUGGCACUUAUUAUGGAAUAUUGCUCUGGUACAUUGUUAGACAAAGUGAUAAAUACUGACUUUAAAAACGCGGGAAAAUGUCAUUCAAAUGAUCCAGAGUACCACACGUCCAUGGACAUAUCGUUAAGAUAUGCUACACAGAUAUGCGAAGGUCUGAGUUACCUUCAUUUGAAAAGUCUUGUGCAUCGGGAUCUAAAACUUGCCAACAUUUUGGUAACUAAAGAAAAUAUAGUGAAAUUGUCGGACGUUGGUCUGACAAAAGCGGAAAUAGACAUUACUGCAUCUGCUGUUGGUUCUCCAAUUUAUAUGGCACCGGAAGUCCUGAAACAGGAUGUAUGCUAUGACCGAAAAGCAGACAUAUACAGUUUUGGAAUCUUAUUGUGGGAAAUUUGGUAUGGUUACGAAGCGUCUGAUUAUAUGAAAACGUUAUUACGUUCUUCAGUAGAAUUUUCUGUCGCGGAGGAAGGACUUCGUCCGCCAUUAACAAUUCAUUGUCCACCACCAGACGAUAUGAAGAGCGUGAUGAUAAAAUGUUGGCAUAAUGACCCGGAUGUCAGACCCGAUGCUAGAAGUUUGGUUUCUUUCUUUGAAUCUGUUCUUGAACAGAAAGAUGAAGAACUGAAUUCAUUGUAAAUCGUAACAUUUUUUUUUUAAAUCAUCACAUGUUAUGUUACGAAGCGUCCGAUUAUAUGAAAACUUUAUUGCAUUCUUCAGUAAAACUCUCUGUCGCGGAUGGAAGGACUUCGUCCGCCAUUAAUAAUUUACUGUCCACCACCAGACGACAUGAAGAGCGUGAUGAUAAGAUGCUGGCAUAAUGAUCCAGAAGCCAGACCGGAUGCUAGAUGUUUAAUUUCUUUCUUUGAUUUUGUUCUCGAACAGAAAGAUGUAGAACUGAAUUCAUUGUAAAUCGUUACAUUUUUUUUUAAAACUUUAUGAGCUUUUUUAUUGAAGUCGAUUUGCGUGAUAUAUACUAGUAUAUAUAUAUACCGACAAUCAUCAAAAUCAAAUGUCAGCAUAGGGAAAUACGCACCAAAAACACUAUUCAAGAACUAAAUUUUGUAAUCGAUAACAGGAUAAACAUAAUGCCAAAUCUACGCAAUACUUAUGUCUAAUACAUUACAUGUAUAAAGUAUGGCAUUAAAACUAGGAACAGUAUAUUAUCUAAACUGAUCAAACAUAGUAUGUAAAUGCAUUCUCGAUGUUUUUAAAUCGAUCUUAUUAUGUAUAUAGACGGUCAAAUUUAAAU